CUCAGAUUCCGGUGCAGGAAGCAAGGGGGCGAAACGCUUAGGAACCCAUCAAUUAAAAAAAAAGGAGACAAGGUAUUACAGCGGAUCAUCCAGAACAGCAAGAUUAAGGCAAAGCUUCAUCAAUCCUGGUUACUGAGAGCAGGCAGGAAAGACUGGAUCCAUAAGAUAAACCUGCUUCAGUACACGUGGUGUUUCAGUUGAACACUUAGCAACAUGAACCGUGCUUUCAGUCGAAAGAAAGAUAAGACAUGGAUGCAUUCACCUGAAGCUCUAACAAAACAUUUUAUACCCUACAACGUAAAGUUUCUUGGCAAUGCUGAAGUUGAACAACCAAAGGGUACCGAAAUUGUGAAGGAUGCUGUUCGUAAACUCAAGUUUGCAAGACAUAUAAAAAAGUCAGAAGGUCAGAAGACUCCCAAAGUUGAAUUGCAGAUCUCCAUCUAUGGUGUCAAAAUUCUAGACUCCAAAACAAAAGAAAUUCUGCAUAAUUGCCAAUUGCAUCGAAUAUCUUUCUGCGCUGAUGACAAAACUGAUAAGAAGAUAUUUACUUUUAUUUGCAAGGAUGCUGAGUCAAAUAAACAUAUGUGUUACGUGUUUGACAGUGAAAAGUGUGCUGAAGAAAUAACACUGACUAUUGGCCAAGCUUUUGACUUGGCCUACAAGAAAUUUCUGGAAACUGGAGGAAAAGAUGUUGAGACAAGAAAGCAGAUUGCCAGUUUACAGAAACGAAUUCAAGAACUGGAAACGGAGAAUAUUGAAUUGAAAAAGAAAGUUCAGGAACUGGAAAUUAAAAUAAAUGUCAGUCAAGGUCCAUCAUCACCACUGUUGCACAUCGGUUCCAGGAACCAGCUGCAGUUGUGUCAGAGCCCAUCAACUCUCUUCUGGUCCCAUAACAUGGAGAAAGUGUUAUUUCCUGAAAUAGCCUCUUUUACACUUAGCCCAACAAGCCCUUCUGGCUCCAGCUUAACAGAGGGUCUACUAACACCACCUUCACCCAAAAGCAGUUUGCAACAAACAGUCAAUGGAUUGAGUAUUCCACGACCUCGUAGAGUCAUGGUUCCUCAGUCUCCAAGUACAGACCUAUUUGAUAUGGUUCCAUUUUCACCGGCAUCGCCUCUUUUACCAAUGCCAUCCAGUAAUGGUACAGAGCUCCCUCCUUUACCUGUUAGAUCAUCUGAGAUGAAAAGAGAUAUUUUUGGCGCUGAGCCAUUUGAUCCUUUCAUCUCAGUUGGGGGGGACUUUCCGCCAGACAUUCAAUCCAAACUGGAUGAAAUGCAGGAGGGGUUCAAAAUGGGACUAACUCUAGAAGGCACUGUGUUCUCUCUUGAUCCUCUGGACAGCAGAUGCUGACAUUAAGGAACUAAAUAUUUGCACAUUUGGAUUGAAAACAUAGAGUGCCAGUGAAGUGCCAAAAUGCUUUUUGUUUUCCAUACUGUUUGAUAAAACCUUCAUUGUGCAGAUUAGAAUUUAAUCCUACUUGCAUUGUUUCUCUUCUAAAUUGUGGAAAAAUAACAUAGGAAAGUUGCUCAAGAUUAAUGUUAACACACGAUCUGUGUUCUAUUUGACAUGUUACGAAGCCACCUCUCUGUUUUGAUUCUACCAUUUAACAAAAAAAUAAUUAAAAUUAGAAACACGAGAGAACCAUGGGGAUCCAGAUGUCAAAAGGGUUUCUUGAUGAAGAGAAGAUGAACUUAUUUUGUUUCAUCUGUAAUUUUCAGUUGAGGGUUUCAUUGUGUAUUUUUAAACUGCAUUUAAUAAUACUUAAUCUAAUAUGUUCAAACUUCAAAUGAUACUUGCAGCAAUGAGAGGGAUUGAUGCCUAGGAGCACCACAAAACAAAAUUUUUAUUGGGAAGAAUAACCUGCACAUUGUAAAAACCCUGUAUAUUCCCUUUGUACUAUUAUGUUUAUCCAGUCUUAGAAGAGUGUAUUUUUAUAUGUUUAUUUUUCAGUAGUGUGCUGAAAAUAGUACAAGUAAUUUGAUACAAAGAAACUUCUUUGUAAUUACUUUUGUGUUUUACCUAGGAGGAAAAUGUAAUAACUGGAUUAUAUGUUGUCUAAACUUUGCUGCUAAAACUAAAUUUUAUUCAAUAAUUCAAAUCUGAUGUUGUUUGGGUACUUUGCUAUGAUAUAAAUGUAAAUUCUUUGUCAGUCUAACCAACUUUACUAGUGUGUAAAAGAUUUAUUAUUUCUUAUUAGAAUGUUUUACCAGACGAUUAUUUACCCUCUGUGACAUUUCAUUUGUGAAGCUAAAACCCUAAUUUUAACCCUGGUCAGCAAUCAUGGAUGCAUGCUGAAAUGGGCAGCAUACAUGAGGCCUGAAUGCUUAGAACUUCUGGGCCUCAUAAAAUCUGUGGGAAAAGGUGGCUGGUUGGAAGUUGAGAGCAGGUGAUUAAGCGAUAGGAGUUAAGUCAUUGGGAGGGUCUUCUUCAUGCUAUUUUGUCCUGGUAGGAAAGCUACAAGGCAUUCCCUUGUGCAGACCACUAAUAACAUAGGUAUCAGAGUCGUACAUCAGAAAGACCCUGUUUCACCAGUGGCUUAGAUUCAAGCCCACUCUGAAGAUUUAGGUUAAUAUUGGAACUUUUGGCAGGAGAGCAGAACUUCAGCACAUAAGUUCAACUGCUUAGUAUCUGCCAGGCCAGCAAAGUUGGAUCCACUCUUUUAGAGGCAGUUGUAACCUAGACAAAGCAACAUAGAGAUACCGAAAGCCAUUUGACCAUCCUACUCAUUCUUAUGUGGAUGCAUGGGUUGCCUCUAAUGGAGCUUUCGUCUCCACUGCCAUAUCCCAAGGGCCAUUUCAGAUAACAAUUAUUUCUCACAUAAAAAUAUAAUUUCUUACAUCAGUCUUUUUACCAGUUAGAAGCCAUUCUUUAUGCCGCCUCUAUAGCUUACUUUGAAAAUUCUUUUCUAUUCAAAUUAAUAUCCCACAUGUCGGUCCACUUCUCAGUUGGCUUCUUUGAAACUGGUAACCCUACAGUUUUGCUCAUUCCUCAUUACUCUAAUGAAGGUCAACGUUGAUAAUAUUUCCAGAGCUUUUGACUUCUUCAUGCUUCCAACUAAAAAAAAAUUGCACUUGUAUAUCAAAUUUCACUUGCCAUAGUUCUGCCCACAUUCGGAGUGAGUCUAAAUUCUUCCAUAGUUAUUUUGAUCACAUUGUCAAAUCUUCAAAGAGAUCCCUCACCACCAAUAAACCCCCUACAUGCGCACAUAUGUGCACAUAGACUUCCAGAUUACCAAUGUAUAUGCAAAGAAAUAAGGGUCCAUAUGUUCUCAGCACUAUGUUGCUCAGUGCAGCACCAAGCUAAAUUAUGUUGAUGGCUGUGCCAAAUUUCUGUAGUUACAGAAAACAACUGAGCUCAUUCCCUCACUUUUGGACAAAUCUGCAUUUUCCUCCAAGUGUUACCAAAGCACUUUUAUCUCCUAAGCAUAAAUCAAUUUAACUAUUCACAGCAAAUCCUUUCAACAUUCUGGUAUUAUUUAAAAAAAGCCUGCCACAGAUCAAUUAAGUACAAGCAAUAAUUGCAACUUAAUUUCUACAUAUAAUUGUAGUUGUUUAUUAUCCUCCCAGGUUAUUGAUAUAAUUAAAGUGUAGAUCUAAGGUACAUUAUCUUAAGUGUAGUAAGUCUAUUUCUUCAGUACUAUACAAGAAAAGAAGAGAUGUGCAAUGAGGAUGGAUCAUUUAAAUCUGGCAUUCCCUUUAGAGAAUUGAAAUAUUUUUAUGAAUGAUGAUAAAUGUAGCUGUAUGCUUUGCCAGUAUUUCAUAUAACCAUCUUUCUUGUUUGCAAUAUGCAAAUAUAUGAAGUCUUCCUACUCCUACCUGUCUCUAUCUAAAAAGCUAUUUUUCUCUUGAAGGUUAGUCACAUUGAAUGUCUAAAUGCUUCAAAACCUAUUUAUCCGUAUAUUUGCCAAUAUUUUUCUUAUGCAGUUUAUAUUGUGAAGAUAGCAUAAUGUAUUACUGUUUAUGUUAUCAGUGACUUGUAUUAAUUUUUUUUAAAUUAAGGUGCAUCUCUCACUUAACUGUGUAGUCACAGAUUUUAACCAAAAAUAGUGAAUUUUACAUGUGUAAAAUACGAAUGCAUAUAAAUUUGCUCCUUCAAACCAUUUCUUGUUCUGAAAUUUACAUUGCAAUUUGUCAGCAUAGAGAUAGGGAUAAUAACAGUUAUUUAAGUAUCAAUUGGGUUAACUGCUAGUGAAUUAACACAUAUUUGAUUUUGUGAAAAUCUCCAGUAAAAUAUAAUUUAGAUUCAUAAUUAUUUCAACGUUAUACCAGUAUCUGGUACUAUUGAAUAUACAUAAAGAUUGUGCUGAACCAAAAAAGUUAAUUUUGCCUAAUAGAUGCAUAUUGUUGUAUUUUUCAUAAUUUUGGAAGAUGGAGGCAGACCAAGUCUACAGUACAGUAACAAAAACAGAAAUGUUGGAAGAACUCAGCCAGUGAAGCAGUAGCUGUGGAAGGAGAAACUGGUCAACAAUUCUUCUUCCGAACUGUGGGAAGAAUCGAGGGUUUACAGUUUUCAAAGCAGAGCUGGGGCAAGGAGUGAAGUGUAAGACAAAAUACUCUAUGGAGAUUGGUUAAGGCAGAUUAGAUGAUUAGAAUUGUGAGUACUAACCGUCAGUGAGGAACUUUGAAGAACUAGGGUGAGAAAGGGACAUAAGUAUGAUAAUGAGAAACAGUGAGAGAGCAUCAGUACAGUAAUCUACAGUACAUUAUAUCUUUGUAAUGUCUAUUAGUUGUAA